CCACCAUCGUCCUCCACGACUUACUGUUGAGCAGUAAAGGCAAAUUCUGUGAAAAUGCCAAUUCGACCCCCUCCGCUUAAACUCAAAUACGACAACAGGUUCCCAUUGCCUAUCCCUUCUGCACGAAAACCACCAGUCAAGGAAUCGUUCUUCGCAAAGCUCUACAAGGCAAACUGGCGGAAUGCUAUUGUUGCUGUUGCUGGCUUCAACGCUCUGAGAUUUAUCUAUAAAGCUGACUGGGUGACCAGGACCUACAAUGCAUGGUCCGACCUCGAGAUAGAUGCCUCAGCGAAUGCCACGAAGCUGGCAAUGGUGUCCAUCGCGCUGUGCGUGAUGUACGCGGUAGCGACCCUGAUCGAAUUAUUCGGUGCCAUCGGCAUUGCAACACGACGAUUUGCAUUCGUUCGAGCCUACACUUUCCUAGCGUUCGUAUCUGCCACCUUGGCCACAGCGGCGAGCGUGUUGAAGACCACCUCAUUCUUCGUAAACGCUGAGGAGUUGAUGUAUGAGUGCGUUGCCCUUGCUCUUUCUGGACGUGGCUACUCCAAGUCGCAAUUCCGAGGCAAGAUGUGGCCAGGGUCCUUCCUCGCCGUCGGACUCAUGCAAGCACGGAGGGAAUGCGUGGAAGCAUGGACUCAGCAAUCCUGGUCCCAGAUCGUCGGCGUAUUCGUCUUCGGGUUCAUGCCAUCCAUGAUCAGCUACCUCAUUGUCUACACAUACUACCGCCAAACCACCGACGCCUCCCACCCUGCCUACAUGAUCGCCAACCAAACCGUCCCUCGCGCCUCCAGCUCCCGCCGUCAGAGGAACAAUGGCUAUUCUCGGGUUGCCAGCGACGCCCCCUACGCCGGCUCCGCCGAAGGAGAGACCAACAGCAGGGCCGCCAACGCCGGCCAGCGCUCAGCCCGCUUGCGAGUCAACGCCGCAGCAUCAAACAGGGCGGGUGCGAAUGGGGAUGCGGGGCGCACUGCCGCUGCACCCACGGCUGCGCACACGACGCGUGGAUUGAACCGACCUAACCGACCGCCUGCUCUCAAGGAACUCGAGCCUCCCAUCUUCACUCCCCAGAGAGGCAUUCUGAUGCAAAGCGCUGCUGCGUUGAGCUCGUUGCUUAGCCCUGGACCACCCACGUACGGCGUUAACCCCGUCAACCAGAACCGUUUGGGUGCCAUUGCGCUGAGUUGUUCAGGGGGUUCCCUGCGCUCGGCUAGGUAUGACAAGUUUGUUUAGAGGGUUUCCUAGUUUCCUUUCGUUCCCCUUUCGCUUCGUUUCUGGUGGAUUACCUUGGACAAUUUGGUGUGGAUGUGGACCCUCAAGCUGCUUGUCAUUCAUUCAUUCAUUUCGGUGUCGGCUGUGAUUCAUUGUGUUGUCAUUCCUUUGGUACCAUUCCAAUAAAUUUUGUUUCAU